CCACAAACAAUCAUGGCGUCGUGCGGUGCAGCUGGGACCGGCCCCCUCGUCCUGAGGGUGAUUUCAAACACCGUUAAAAUCGUUAACAGCGCUGGAAAAAUAAUCAAGGACAUCAUGAAUAGCGGGAAUCUCGGUAUCGUCGAAAAGGAAGGUAUCAACGACUUGCAAACCGAAGCAGACCGCUCCGUCCAGCGCUGCAUUGUGACCUCCCUUUCCCAGCAAUUCCCCAAGCUGACCAUCAUUGGAGAGGAGACACUAGAAGAGAAGAAAAUUAGUGACGACUGGAUCAUCACCGACCACGACAAGGAUGUCCUGUCAAUGACACUGCCCGAUGAACUCAAGAAUGUCAAAGAGGAAGAUCUUGUCAUUUGGGUGGACCCCCUGGAUGGGACUAAGGAGUACACACAAGGCUUUUUGGAUCACGUGACCAUACUGGUUGGGAUCGCGGUGCAGGGUAAGGCAGUUGGCGGUGUCAUUCAUCAGCCUUACUACAACUACCAGGUGAGGAGGAUUCAGGGCCCAAGGGAACACGAAGCCACUGCACGGGUGGAAAAGGAUGUCUACAAGCAAGGACGAACAAUGUGGGGGAUCGUCGGCGUCGGUGCAUUUGGCAUCAAGCGCACACCACCCCCUGCUGGCAAGAGGAUUAUCACUACAACACGUUCCCACUCGAGUCCAGUGAUCAACAGCUGCAUCGAGUCCAUGAAGCCGGAUGAAGUGCUUCGUGUCGGAGGAGCAGGCCACAAGGUGCUGCUCUUGAUUGAAGGCAAGGCGCACGCGUAUGUGUUCCCGAGCAACGGAUGCAAGAAGUGGGACACCUGCGCUCCGGAGGCAAUCCUCCACGCCACUGGGGGGCUCCUGACAGACAUCCACGGCAACCGGCUACAGUACCACAAGGAUGUCGAGCAUGUCAACGGUGGUGGCGUCCUCGCCACUUGCCUCAAGGAGCAGCAUGAGUGGUUCAAGAAUCACAUUCCUCCCGAUGUUGCCAAGACACUGCCCGUACCCACAACACAAUCCUAGCCACUGCCUAUUCCCUACAGGACAACAGGGCUGCAUUUAGAGCUCUAUUUCAUUCUGGAGUGCUGGCUCCUUCAGUUCUCCUAGCUUUGUACCAGUUUGUAGACCGCUUAUUUAGUCUGUUCUUGUGCUUUCAUUGGGAGUGGAGAAGGACGCAUGCUUAUAUUGUUUCUGUUAUGGGCUGUUCUGCGCAUUUGUUAGCUCCUUUCUUUUUUUUCUUCCCAAGCUCAGUGUAAGAUUGUAGAACCAGGGUACUUGGUUUUUGUCUGUACUUCGAGCACUGGUGAAUAUGCAGAGCUCUUAGCUACGCACAGCUCUUUAGCUCAGACGAAAGAGUUUGUCGGUAUGUGGAAAGGUUUAGCUAAGCAAGUCCAGAGCAUUGGCUACGUUAAAAAAAGUAUCAUGUAGGGUUUGUUGUGAAUAACAAGUUCUGAUGUACUAAAAGCUAAUAAUGAUAUGUUGAGGAAGGGAAUUAUCAGCACUAUAAGUUCUAUAACCAGUAUUUUAUGGUGUUAGCUAAGAGUAGUAUACCAUAAUUAUUUUCCAUGUAUGUUUAGUUUUUUGCUUUUAUGUAGUUUAGAUACUCUGUGCACUUCCUAGCUUUGUUGGCCCAAAUAUUGCUUUUCUAAUUUUCUUCAGGGCAAGAUGGCAAAACGUUGAAGCCAUUAUAACCUUUUUGAGUUAUCAGCAUGACUAUUUUUACGUGUGCAUUCCAUGAAACUCAUCAGCGUAAUUUUGAUACCGUUGAUAAGAAAACAAAGUAUCUUUAUUGGUUAUAUGUUACCAGUGAUGAGGAAGGAAAUACAAGUCUGCAGAAACAGUAAUAGCAACAACAGUGCUGAGUGUCAUUGUUGUGGCAAUGUUUUUAAUUUGUCAUUUUAUUUUGAGCCCGGUAUAUUUGUCUGGUGUUAGCCAUUGCAUUCAUUGAGUGUAAUAACAGGUGUUAAUAUAAUAGAGCUACUGUUGUGAGCAUCAAGUGGAGGGUGUGCAAGUUUUGUUGUUCUUACUACAUACUGAUUGUAGGUUGUUGUAAUAGCACAUUUCACGUAUCUAUUUUCAGAAUGACAGAGAAUUGGUAAAAUUAUACAUUGAAGUUGAUCUCUUUACGUGCAUUGAUGCCUUGCUGCAUGCUGAAAAUUGUCCCAAGACUUGUGCAAUAUUGUGCCGUUCUGAUGAACGUUAGAGUGAAAUUCGUAUAUUUUGUUGCACAAUUUAUUAUAGAAGGCAGGUGUACGAGUAUAAGAUUUGUUUAGAAGAUGUGCUUCAUCGCUGUACAUUUAAUAAACAGCAUUUGAAAUUUUU